AUGUCCGUACUGGCUCUCUGGGUGCCGGGGAUGACCUCCUAUCCGCCAGCGGUGCCUUUAGACAGCGCCCUGCUACAAGCUAUGGCAAACGGCAUACGCGUUUGGUACGCGUCUUUCUCCUCCGUGGAUUGGCUACAUGACGCAAUCAAAGACUCUAUGCGGCUGCUCCGUCUCCGCCGUCGUCACUCCGUCCGCGGACGCGUGCUCAACAACCUCGAUCGUUUCGUCGGCUGGCUCAUCGUCACCCUCGUCGGCGCACUGACAGCCUGCGUCGCCUGGCUCAUCAUUCGCAGUGAAUCCUGGCUCUUCGAUCUCAAGGAGGGAUAUUGUUCCGAUGGGUGGUGGAAGGCGAGGAGGUUCUGCUGCCCGUUCAUGGACGAGGAUCGUUCUGCCUUGGUGGGAGUGGCGGAGGAUGACCAGUGUCCCGCGUGGUUACCAUGGAUGGAAGCGUUGGGUCCGGCUUGGGAGAUCGGGAAUCGCUGGAUUGGCUUGGAACGCUGGUCUGGGGAAUAUAUCGCAUACACUGUCAUGGCUUGCCUUCUGUCCCUUCUCUCUUGCCUUCUCACCAUCUAUCUCACAAAAUCCACGACGUUCGUCACGAGCAAGGACUCGGGGCUGUAUUCCGCCACUUUCGAUAAGGCAGGGAGUACCCCACAGCUUGACGGCUUGCCUUCCAAGCACCUGAGCAGGACUGGAGAAGGCCACCUGGAUGUCAUGCCGAGGAAAGUAAUGUACUUCGCGUCAGGAAGCGGCAUACCCGAAAUAAAAACUAUCCUGUCGGGAUUCGUCAUCCACGGAUACCUCGGUGGGCGUGUGCUGUUCACGAAAUCCCUCGGACUUGCACUCUCUGUCGGAUCCGGAUUGUCUUUAGGCAAGGAAGGACCAUUUGUUCACAUCGCUUGCUGUGUGGGUAACAUCAUCAGUCGCUUUUUCCAGAAGUACGAGACGAAUGAAGGUAGACGGCGCGAGAUCCUCAGUGCGGCCAGUGCGGCUGGCGUCGCCGUCGCCUUCGGUGCUCCUAUCGGUGGCGUGCUCUUCUCUCUGGAAGAAGUCUCAUACUACUUCCCGCCUAAAGUCAUGUGGCGCAGUUUCUUCUGUGCUAUGAUCGCCGCCGUCACGCUCAAGUUCCUCGACCCUUUCGGAACCGGCAAACUCGUACUGUUCAAAGUGACGUACGACAAGGACUGGCACUACCUCGAGCUACCGGUAUUUGCCCUUCUCGGUGUGUUCGGUGGUGUUUACGGCGCCUAUUUCUCCAAGCUUAACUACCGAUGGAGCAAGCACAUUCGCAACAAGACGUGGCUGAAAACGCAUCCUGCUGCCGAAGUUCUCCUUGUGACACUCCUUACAGCGGGCACAUGUUUCCUCAACCGCUACACGCGCAUGGGCGGUCCAGAACUCGUCUACAAUCUCUUUGCGGAAUGCUCCUCCGAGAAGGGGCACGAGGGCCUCUGUGUGCGCGAGCGGGAGGAAGUAAACGCAGUCCUCAGCGCUAUAGGCGUGACGCUGCUUGUCAAGGGCGCGCUGACCAUCAUCACCUUUGGGAUCAAAGUGCCUGCGGGAAUAUUCAUACCCACCCUCGGCGUCGGCGCGUGCUUUGGAAGGAUCGUGGGAUUGGCAUUGCAGACCCUUCAAGCGCAGAGACCGGAUCUUCCCGUUUUUGGGUUCUGUAAACAGGGGGAGGACUGUAUCAUCCCUGGGGUAUAUGCUAUGGUCGGAGCGGCUGCUACACUAUCCGGUGUGACGCGCACGACGGUAUCUCUGGCUGUCAUCAUGUUCGAGCUGACGGACAGCCUGACAUACACCCUCCCGGUCAGCUUGGCGGUGCUGGUGGCAAAGACGAUCGCAGAUCGCAUUGAACCGAAAGGAAUUUAUGAUCUGGUCAUCGACCUCAAUAACCUCCCAUACCUGGACGCUAAGCGUCAAUAUAUUUGGGGCGCACUCAUGGUUACGGAUGUCACAAACCGAAAGGUGGACGUCAUUCGCACUGUGCAGGACAACACGGUCAAGUCCCUCCGCGAUAAACUUAUCAGCGCUGUCAAUGCAGGGAAUGGGGAUUCCGGGUUCCCAAUCUUGGCUCACGCUGAGGACGGCGAAAAGAUGAUUGGAUAUAUCGGAGCGAACGAGCUAGAGCAUGCCCUCUCGAUUGUUGCCGAGAAUCCGGACGCUUCCUGUCAUUUUCACCAUACGACAUCACACGAUCUCCUAAAUCUGUCAAUUUCUUCCUUGUACAAUACACCUCUUCCACAAGACCUAUAUGACCUGUCGAUCUACAUGGACCAGGCUCCAUUGACGGUAGCGGCGCAUGCUCCGCUGGAGCUUGUUCAACAGCUGUUUGUCAAGCUCGGUGCCAAAUAUGUGGUCGUUGUGAAUGAUGAUGGCACUUAUCAAGGUGUAAUUGACAGGAAGACCUGGCUGCAAUUUCUUCACCGGCUUGAGGAAAAGGAAUGA